AUGUCCACCGAAUACACAGCCCCAAAGGAUAUAAUCGAUGAAUUUAACAAGGAAAUUGAGGAUGAGGAUGUUGAUCCAUUCGCAGAGACUAUUCAAUCCAGGCAAAUCUCACACAGGCAAUCAGAUUAUCAUAAUAGAAGAUUUAAUAGGGGGGAUGGUGAUCUUGUUACCGGUGAUGGUCCCUCUUACGCUGAUAGAAUGCGUCAAAACGAACUUGAUAAGGAGGAAGCUAGAGUUCGUAAAAUUCUUCAAGAUCGUAAACAGCAGCAGGAGGAAUCAAGUGAUUUGAAGGAUUCUCAGGAUUCUCAGCCUUUCAAUCCCGAUAAAACACCCCCACGUGAUUCAUUUCAAUCCAAUUUACUUUCCGAUGAAAGACCCCGCCAACGUAAGAGACGUUGGGAUGUUGCACCUGAUUCUUCUCAAUCUUCUGACCAUGUUAACCCAAUCAAAUCCGAAGAAAUUCCAAAGAAACGUUCCUCUAGGUGGGAUGAAGCACCUACUCAGUCUACAACCCAGUCCACCUCCCCUCCUCCUCAAAAACAACGUCGCUCUAGAUGGGAUCAAACUCCCUCCACCGCUCCUGAACACGACAAAACUGUCGCUGACGUCGCUGCUAUGCUUCCACCUGCACUCAUGGGUUUACCCGCUGUACCUCAAGGAUUAGACACAUUCUCCAAUCAAGCUGCAAACUCACGCAAUCGCUACAUGUCUGAUGAAGAACUUAAUAUCCUCCUCCCAUCAGACGGUUUCAUAAUCGUACCUGUCCCUGAAGGUUACCAGCCUCUUCGUUCUUCCGCCCACAAAAUGAUGUCCGCUAUGCCUAUCGACACUGGCUUUAAUAUCGCUGAUAAAGGUAUAUCCGCAGAUGCCCUUGGUAUCUCCACUGGUGACCUUCCAACCGAGAUUGAAGGCAUUGGCUCUCUUGCCUACCUCAAACCCGAAGACGCUCAAUAUUUCGGUAAAGUGUUACAAGGUGAAGACGUUGAACCUGGUCUGUCCAUGGAAGAGCUAAAGGACAGAAAGAUUAUGCGCUUACUUCUCAAGAUCAAGAACGGUACCCCCCAAGUACGUAAAUCCGCCUUGCGUCAAAUUACAGAGAAGGCUAGGGAACUCGGCGCGGGUCCUCUCUUUGAUAGAAUCCUUCCUCUUCUCAUGGAACGUACUUUAGAAGAUCAAGAACGUCAUUUACUCGUCAAAGUCAUCGAUAGAGUUCUCUACAAACUAGAUGAUCUUGUCAGGCCAUACGUGCACAAAAUUCUUGUCGUCAUCGAACCACUCCUUAUCGAUGAAGAUUACUUUGCUCGAGUCGAAGGUCGUGAAAUCAUCUCCAAUCUCGCAAAAGCUGCUGGUUUAGCCCACAUGAUUUCCACUAUGAGACCUGAUAUUGACCACAUGGAUGAAUACGUCCGUAACACCACUGCAAGAGCCUUCUCUGUCGUCGCUUCUGCUUUGGGUAUACCUGCCUUGCUUCCCUUCUUAAAGGCUGUUUGUCGUUCUAAAAAGUCAUGGCAAGCUCGUCAUACUGGUAUUAGAAUUGUACAACAAAUUGCAAUCAUGAUGGGUUGCGCUAUUCUCCCACAUCUUCGUCAUCUUGUCAGCGCAAUCGCACACAGUCUCGAAGAUGAACAACAAAAAGUACGAACGAUGGGUGCUUUGGCUAUUGCGGCUCUCGCGGAAGCUGCUACUCCAUAUGGUAUUGAAAGUUUCGAUGCUGUUCUCAAACCCCUUUGGCUGGGUAUUCGUAAGCAUCGCGGUAAAGCUCUCGCUGCUUUCCUCAAAGCUAUCGGUUUCAUUAUCCCGCUUAUGGAUGCUGAGUAUGCUAGCUACUAUACAAAGGAAGUUAUGGUUAUUUUAAUUCGUGAAUUCCAAUCCUCAGAUGAGGAAAUGAAAAAGAUUGUGUUAAAAGUCGUCAAGCAAUGCGCUGCUACUGAUGGUGUUGAACCUGGCUACUUGAAAGAAGAAGUUUUACCAGACUUUUUCAGAAAUUUCUGGGUUAGGAGGAUGGCACUUGAUAGGAGAAAUUAUCGUCAGGUCGUCGAAACUACCGUUGAGCUCGCCAAUAAGUGUGGUGUUAUGGAAAUAGUUGGGAGAAUCGUGAAUAGCCUCAAAGAUGAAUCUGAGCCUAUGCGUAAAAUGGUUAUGGAAACAAUAACGAAAGUUGUCGAAAAUCUUGGUGCUGCUGAUAUCGACGAGCGAUUAGAGAUUCAAUUGAUUGAUGGUAUGAUAUAUUCAUUCCAAGAACAGACACUUGAAGAUGCCGUUAUGCUUGAUGGUUUUGGUACCAUUGUCAGUGCACUAGGUACUCGCGUUCAACCUUAUUUAUUACAAAUUAUCUCCACUAUUCUCUGGAGAUUAAAUAACAAAGGUGCCAAAGUUCGUAUGCAGGCUGCUGAUCUUACCGCUCGUCUUGCUGUCGUUAUAAAGAUGUGCAACGAGGAGCAGUACUUGCACAAGUUAGGUGUCGUUCUGUUUGAAGGUCUUGGCGAGGAGUAUCCUGAUACAUUGGGUAGUUUCAUAGCUGCAGAAGCUGCUAUUGCUAAUGUUGUUGGUAUGAAUGAGAUGCAGCCACCUGUUAGAGAUCUGCUUCCUCGUAUGACUCCUAUUCUUCGAAACAGACACGAGAAAGUUCAGGAGGCAACUAUAAAUUUGAUUGGUCGUAUUGCUGAUAGAGGAUCUGAGUAUGUUCCUGCAAGAGAAUGGAUGAGAAUCUGUUUCGAGUUGCUCGACCUACUCAAGGCGAACAAGAAGGCUAUCAGAAGAGCGGCUGUUAAUUCAUUCGGUUAUAUCGCCAAAGCUAUCGGACCACAGGAUGUUUUAUCAGUAUUGUUGACCAACUUGAGAGUACAAGAGCGUCAAUCGCGUGUGUGCUCGACAGUUGCUAUUGCCAUUGUUGCAGAAACAUGUGGACCAUUCACCUGCAUACCUGCCAUCUUGAACGAGUACAGAACACCAGACUUGAACGUGCGCAAUGGAUGUCUCAAGGCGCUCGCGUGGGUAUGCGAGUAUAUUGGAGAGCUUGCCAAGGAUUACGUAUAUGCUCUUGUAGGAUGUGUAGAGGACUCCAUCACAGAUAGAGACCACGUCCAUCGACAAACAUCAGCGGCAAUCAUCAAGCAUCUUACACUGGGAGUUGCAGGAUUCGGGAAAGAGGAUGCAUUGCUACACAUGCUCAAUCUGGUAUGGCCAAACAUAUACGAGGUGUCUCCGCAUGUUAUUGGAUCAGUGAUGGAUGCGAUCGAGGCGAUGAGAGUCGGUCUUGGACCAGGUCUGUUGCUCUACUACUCGCUACAAGGCCUCUUCCAUCCAGCAAGGCGUGUGCGUGAACCGUACUGGCGGAUUUAUAACACGCUCUACGUCGGUGCGCAGGACGCCCUGGUGCCGUACUACCCCAACUUGGAAGAGGUCGGGAAUUCGCGGAACAACUUUAAGAGGACGCCGCUGUUUAUGCAUAUUUGA